GACAGGGAAUGCCAGGAACAGGGUCGCAUCCCGGCAGGAGAUGGAGAACAGGUCUGGAUCCCUGGUUCCUCUGCGUGAUGAGGGAUGGGGUGGGAUUCCCACAGGAAGGAGAGCAGGGACACAUACCAGAUCCUGCCGGAGAACAGGGGAUGAGAAGGCAUCCCAGAUUCCAGAGGGGGAUGGAGGACACAUCCCGGGUCCAGCAGGCAGGUGGGGGAUGAGGCUGGAUCCUGGGUCCUGGUGGAUGGAGGACGGGGUUGAAUCCCCUGUUCCACCAAGGGAUGGCGGACAGUGUCAGAUCCCGGAUCUUGCCAGUGAAUCCCAGAGCUGUAGAGGCUGUUGGUGGGUUUGGGGCAAACCCUCCGAACUUCGACUGUGUCCUGUGGCACCCCGAAGCAUCUCGAGGAUCCUGGUGAUCUUCACUAGGCAAGAAUUUCCCAAACCCACGGAUUUCCCCCGGCAGGAGCAGCCAGCGAGUCCCUGCUCGGUGCCAGAGUCCCUCAGGCGCGGAGUUUCUGAAGCACUCAAAAUCACUGAUCUUCCCCUAAAAUGCUGGUACUCCGCGAUUGCUGGGAUGCCCCGGGGGCGGGGAGUUUUUUAGGCACAGUGAUUUACUCAAACUGCGGUGAUUAACCCCAAGCCCCAAAUGGCCGUGAUUUACCUACAUUCCGGCGCCUUCUUGUCGGGAGGGGAUGGCGCAGAUAUCCCUUCAAAGAGCUCCUGCCCCUCCUGCCACUACGACUGCACCACGACCACGUGCAGCUACCCCAGGCCCGACACACCGGCAGCGCGACCUCCGACAGCACCAGGACAGGGUUGGAAACACCGGAAGAGAACCCUGUGGUGUCCAGCCCCACACCACCAGGAGCACCGGGAAAACCAGAAACGUUCAGAGCAGGAAGCCACAUCCAGCCAUGAGCUGUGCAGGGAGCGCGGGUGGCACGAGAGGUGGCACCCGUCCGCACGCCACGCCAGAAGCGCCGCGAGGCUGUGCUCCCCAGCCUCACUCUGGAGGCACGAGAACCCCAUUGUAUCCCACCCCGCGCCACGCCGGGAGCACCGGGGUCCCCAUCCCGCUGCCAUGCACGGAGCCCACGGGCCAGUUCGACAUGUGGCGGGACUACCUGGGCCUGGCAGCCACGGUGACCGCGCUCCUCCGCGACCCCGCGCGCCCUGAAGACCCUUCGGCGUCACUGGGAUCCUCGUCUUCGUAUUCCGGGCCGGCUCCACGUGCGGGGCCGGCUCCACGUGCGGGGCCGGCUCCACGUGCCAGGCUGGCUCCGUGCUCCUUCUGCCAGCACAACGGGGAAGCACCGAGCGUGUACGAGAGCCACAGCCUGCGGGACGCCCGGGGCCGCCUGCAGUGCCCGGUGCUGCGCAGCUACGUCUGCCCUCAGUGCGGGGCUACGCAGGACCAGGCCCACACACGCCGCUUCUGCCCCCGCACACACCGCGGCUACACCUCCGUCUACUCCCGCCCGGCGCGCGCCAGGAGCUCCCAGAGGAGCGGGGCAGCACCGGGAUACGGCCCAAGGAUGGAGGAUCCUGUGUAA